AGAUUUUUUUCUGACAUGUUUUUCUCAUUUAUGCAGGGCUCCACAGACUCAUCAUUUAUUCCUCCCCUGUAUUUUGAUGUUCUUGCUGCAUCUGACUCCUGUGAGUCCAGUGGCCCUCUUUGUAUUGUUGCUCCUAAGUGUGAGUUGUAUACAACACUAGAAGAAGAGCAUGUCAAACAUAGUUGGCAGGAAUCAUUUUCCGUUACCCAUGUAACCUGUGAAGACUCGAGGGAUGGAUUUAGUUGUUCGAGUUGGGGGCUAAGUAGUAUUUAUGAAGAGGUUGCUGGGAUUUUUGAAGCAGAGGGUGAGAUGCGCUUAGCGGGACAUCAUGGGAACCCCCAAAAAAAAUCCCAGCAGAGAAGUUCCACCUCCAUGGCACCAAAGAGCAGUGCCUCUCCUGGGACACCAAACCAUAGAAGUAUUUCUCCAGGGAGACAAAACGAGAGGAGUGUCUCUCAGGUUAGACUAAAUCAGAGAAGUAUCUCACCUGGGAGGCCAAAUGAGAGGAGUAGCUCUCAGGUGAGACUUAAUCAGAGAAGUACCUCUCCUGGAAGGCUAAAUGAGAGGAGUGUCUCUCCUGGUAGACUAAAUCAGAGAAGUACCUCUCCCGGAAGGCUAAAUGAGAGGAAUGGCUCUCAGGUGAGACUUAAUCAGAGAAGUACCUCUCCUGGAAGGCUAAAUGAGAGGAGUGUCUCUCCUGGUAGACUACAUCAAAGAAGUUCCUCUCCUGGAAGGCCAAAUGAGAGAAGUGGCUCUCAGGUGAGACUUAAUCAGAGAAGUACCUCUCCUGGAAGGCUAAAUGAGAGGAGUGUCUCUCCUGGUAGACUAAAUCAGAGAAGUACCUCUCCUGGAAGGCUAAAUGAGAGGAGUGUCUCUCCUGGUAGACUAAAUCAGAGAAGUACCUCUCCUGGAAGGCUAAAUGAGAGGAGUGGCUCUCAAGUGAGACUUAAUCAGAGAAGUACCUCUCCUGGAAGGCUAAGUGAGAGGAGUGUCUCUCCUGGUAGACUAAAUCAGAGAAGUACCUCUCCUGGAAGGCUAAAUGAGAGGAGUGGCUCUCAAGUGAGACUUAAUCAGAGAAGUACCUCUCCUGGAAGGCCAAGCCAAAGGAGCACAUCUCCCAUGAGACCAAACCAGAGAAGUUCCUCUCCUGAAAGGCCACAUGUAAGGAGGAGUGUCUCCCCCAUAAGAAGUACCUCAGCAGUAACCCAAAAAAGAAGUGCUUCCCCUGUAAGGCCCAUGCAGAGGAGCACUUCUCCAGAAAGGGAUCACUAUAAUGGCUCCUCACCAUUGAAAUCACAGCAGAAGAGCACAUCUCAAUUGAAAUCUCAGCAGUGGAUUGGAACCCCAUUACUACCUCAGCAGAGAAAUGCUUCAGUAAAUUCCCACAAAAGGAGUGACUCCCCAGGAAGAUGCAGUCAGAGAAGCACCUCUCCUUUGGGUUCUCGACAAAGAAGCACCACUCCCACAAGAACAUACCAAAGAAGUACAUCUCCUAUUACAUCUCAGCAUAACAGAUCAUCCACCAAUACCUUGCACCAAAGAAGCACCUCUCCUGUAAGACCCCUGCAGAGAAAUAAAUCACCCGAGAGAAACAUGCCCAUUUCAGAACAAAGGAGCACUUUUUAUGCUGGACAAGCACUCAGCUCUUCUAGAAGGUCAUCCAUUUCAAAUACAGUUAAAAAAGAGAUGUACUCUGCAAAACAGAGUUACACCCAUACAGUUCAGAAUCCACCAAACCUUGGGGUGAGUCGACGACUUACAUCAUCUACCAGCUCCCUCGACUCUGAAGGUGGCUCUCGAGGCUCUAGUAAUCGUGUACCAUACACCACUUUGGCAGAUAUACCACCAGCCAAACGUCUAGGACAUGCUUUUAAAAAGAGCAAAGAUCUGAAGAACCAAACACGUAGCCCUGGAAGAGCGGAGGUGGAUAGAAUAUUUGGGCAGGACAGGAGAACAGCAGAGGUGCUUGAAGCCUUUCAGGCCCUAGAAGCUGGAUUAAUUGAGAGACUGCCAGAUAAGAACCCUUCCUUGCAAAGGAGGCUCACAAGAAGACAAUCUACUCCCUGUUUAUACCCCGAGGAGUCUGUGCUCAUGCGCCAAGAACUGAGGUCACGGAGAGCAAGCCUGCACCCAACGCCAAGAACAGACAGGGAUUAUUAUAACACCCCAGGAAGAUCGAGCCGGGACCCCUCACCUCAUCGUACAGGGAGCCAGGGAAGACAAUUAUCUCCAGAGCCUGAAUGGAUGAACAGGGAUAAACUAUUACGCCCUACAGGAAAACAAGACAAGAAAGAAGACAAUAAUGAAAUUCCUUGGACCAAAAGAGAGAAGUUGCUGAAACCAGUUGAGAGUGUAGGCUCCAAGCCGACUGAACAUCCUUACAACUGGCAGUCAUUCAGAUCUUCCUCUUCUGAGGGAUGGAAUAAAGAGGUUGAGAGUGUAGGCUCCAAGCAGACAGAACAUCCUUACAACUGGCAGUCAUUCAGAUCUUCCUCCUCUGAGGGAUGGAAUAAAGAGCACCAAGGAGUCAAAGAGUCAUUUGCAGAAUCUCUGGGCAGAAACUCGUUGGGAUCACAGCAUCAGUACACAAGGAGGACAUCUGUGGCGCAGAAGGAGGAGCUACAAUACAAGUCUUCAAACACCAAUGGAAGCCAGAAUCAGAAGACACAGCCUGGGUACAGACUUUCAGCAGAGUCCCUUCCUGUGCAGGACCCAGUAUAUAAUAACAUAACAGGGUCCCAGUACAGCUAUUGUUAUAGUUCCAAAAAUGACUCUGAUGGACUAAAGUAUAAGCCUGCAGGUCCACUGUCUGGCCACACACCAGAAUCACAACCAAAACAAUAUUCUGGUUCCUACUUGAGCACUGAAUGUUCACAGUAUAAAACACAAACAGAGGAAGAAAUAUUGUCUCAUACACAUGUGCCUGAAGAGAAUAUUCAUCUACAGACUGCAUCCUCGCAAGAAUCUGUGUAUAGGAAUUCCCAUAGACCUUACACAGGAAAAGCAAUAUCUCAAACAUCUGACAUGGCAUACACAGGAUAUCUCAGGCCUCAAACUCCUCCGGUUGAAACUAGUAGGAAAAACUCUUUGGAAGAUUACAGACAGCCAUCAGAAUUUGUAAAGAGUUCUGUUGGUGGGCAAACUUCACACGCAGAUCCUACUUAUGGUGUCUUCAAAGGGACACAAAAGCCACAAACUUCUGAAUUACACAGUAAAGAACAUAAUAGUACACUACAAAAUAAUGCCUUAUCUGGCUCGGAUAGGUCAGUUCUGAAACAUUCUAAUGGUCCUGUGCACUCUGAAUCUCAAAAGUGGCAAGUUCAACAAGAAGCCACAGGAUGCCACCUCAGUGAGGGACAAUCAGGCCUAUGGCAGGUUGUUAAACACACAGAGUUUCAUCAUGACCAUGACCUAUACCUGAAUACAAGUGUGAAAAAUGGGAAGGUAUUUAUUGUGUUUGGAAUUGCAUGUUUGCAGUGUCAUUUUGUAAUUUUCCUUUAUUUCUAUAUUUCUAGGCCCUUUAAUAUGGCUGUGUGUCUCCAAACAUUCAGGGGGUAAUUUAUUCAAAUCCAUAUGUUAAAAUCUUGAGUGUUUUCACUAGAAAAUUUUCACUCUAAUUUUUAGAGGAAAAAAAAAAUCUGAUAAUUUCAGGGUUUUCAGGCAAAUCAAGAAAGAUUUAAGCAAUUCGGGGGAAAAAAACCCUGAAAAAUUUGAGCAACUCGGGGCAAAUGCCUGAACAAUUCUAUAGAUUUGGGUUUUCAAUCGAUUUUAUUGAGUUUUUCAGUGAUCCAAUCAAAUCAAGUUUUUUAAUAAUAAAUAAGAUAAAAAUCGGGCAUGGGAGUUUGGUCGUGUUAUUUGUUUAAUAAAAUAUGAGA